AUGAACGAGCCUCGAUGGAGAGGCUCUUCGUCAAACAUAUAUGAAAUUGAGCCGGGAAAGGUUCUGAAAGUUCCAAGAGAGGUCCCAGUCACCAACGACGGUCACGAUGCUCUCAAUCGAGACAGGGCAAAAGGAUUCGAAGUGGAACGAGGGAUCUAUGAAGCGCUUGGAGAGUACAAGCUGGUACUUCCGUUUUACGGAUGUCGCGAAUUCGAAGGCAGCCAAGGAUUGUUGCUAGCCAAAGCCGAAAGUAACUUACAGGAAUAUCUUGAGGGAUUGGCGAAAGUCACCAUGGCUGAACGAAAACGAUGGUGCUGUCAAGCAGCAGAUGUCAUAGCAUACAUUCACGAUCGUGGCGUCAUGCACUCCGAUCUACGGCCUGAAAAUUUCCUGAUUAAUGGACGGGAUAUUUGGCUUAGCGACUUCAACGGUUCGGUGUGCAAGCAGCGUGGCCUGGAUGGCGGGCAGCUGCCUGACGCUGGCUUCUGGAAUUUGAAGUUAGAGACGACGCCAGCUACGGACAUAUUUGCCCUUGGCUCUGUGCUCUAUGUCAUAUUGACCGGAUGGUGGCCUUUUUGCAAGCCUGGUAUUACGGACAGGCUGGACAGGAAAAACGUCAACCACUAUGAUGAACAAGUUAUGAAUAGGUUUGAGACAGGAGAUUUCCCGGAUGUUUCUUCUCUAUGGGGAGGACAUAUCAUCAUGGGCUGUUGGACUGGCAAAUACAAGAGCGCCGCCGAUGUGAAACGGGAUGUGUAUUCAGCCAUGUAA